AUGCCUCCUCUGUCCCCUCGAUCUCAGCCUAAGAAAAUCGCCGUCGUCGGCAGCGGCUGCGCCGGCCUCGCAGCCGUCUGGGCUUUAAAGAAGACUCAUCACGAUGUCUUCCUCUACGAAUCCGCCGACCGGCUCGGCGGGCACACCAACACCGUCGAGUGGAAAGCGGGGAAGUAUACCACGACGGUCGACACGGGCUUCAUCGUGUUGAACGCGGCCACCUACCCCAACUUUAUCAACUUUCUCAAGUCCGUCAAUGUGCCCAUUGAUCCCACAGACAUGACCUUCAGCGUCUCGCGUGACCGCGGACUCUUCGAAUGGGCAGGAACAAGCCUCGACUCAAUCUUCUGUCAAAGGCGGAAUCUCUUCUCGCCUCGGUUCUGGCGCAUGGUAUUCGACAUCAUUCGCUUCAACCAAUUUGCCCUAGACCUCCUCAUCGAGGAUCACGAGAGGAGUACGCCGAGCGACGAGCCGCUCGUGAACGGCUACCACCCUCUCAACGCCACCAUUGGCGAGUAUCUAGAGCGAGAGGGCUACUCUGAUGCCUUCAGAGACGACUACCUCAUCCCCAUGACGGCUGCCGUGUGGAGCACUAGCCCGGACAAGUGCAGUCUCGAGUUCCCCGCCAUCACCCUUGUCCGCUUCCUCUGGAACCACCAUCUCCUCUCGACGAUAUCCUCGCGGCCGCAGUGGCUCACCUUGAGGAGCUGCGGCCAGAGCUAUAUCGAUGCCAUCAUGCAGGGCUUCCCACGUAGCCGACUCUUCCUCAACACGACGGUCGAGUCUCUCGCCAACGACCCCGACGGUAAGGUAAGGUUAAAGCUCUCUAAUGGAUCAUCAUCCCCCGUAUACGACCACGUCAUCCUAGCCACCCACGGUGAUCAAGCCUGGUCCAUCAUCCAGAACUCCGCCACCAAGGACGAGAAAUCCAUCAUGUCCGUGUUCAAGACGUCCCUCAACAAGGCCGUCCUCCACUCCGACCUCUCCCUCCUGCCGCAGAGUCGGAAAGCCUGGUCUUGCUGGAACUACAUCACCAAGUCUAGCCCGACAGGGAAGGCUAACAUCGACACCGUCUGCCUCACUUACAAUAUGAAUCUCCUCCAACAUAUCCCCCGCGACACGUUCGGUGACGUCCUCGUCACUCUUAACCCUCUGCAUAAACCACACCCCAGCAAGACCCAGGGCGAGUAUCUCUACACACAUCCGCUCUAUACCCCCGAGGCCGUCCGUGCUCAGGAACGCCUCCACAGGAUCCAAGAGCGCAGGGGCAUUAGCUAUGUCGGCGCCUGGACAAAGUAUGGCUUCCAUGAGGACGGGUUUAGCAGCGGGCUUGCGGCCGCAGAGAGACUCGGUGCCAAGUUGCCGUUUGAGUUUAGGGACUCGACGUAUAGUCGUGGGCGGAAGCCAGAAAUCGGUCUGCGAGAUUGGAUACUGAGACUAUUUCUCAUUCUCAUACAGCUCUUUAUCGUAGAGACUGUUGAGCGCGUGUUUGGGUCGAGGAAGGCAAGGACAAGGCAGCAGGCGCCGAUGUCAAAGAGGAAGUAUACGUAG